CAGUGCAGUGAAUGCUCUUGCCUGUGUUCACUCUCUUUGGCAGGAUCAACAGCUGGGUGGAACUCCGACCAGAAAAAAAAAGUUGCUUCAAUGACAUUUUCUCCAGUGAUGGCAGUGUGACUGUGAGAGAAGCUAGCUGUAGUUUAAAGUUUGAAUCUCCCCCCCUGUGACAUGGACUUUAACGUGAAGCGGUUAGCCGCAGACGCCGGCACUUUCCUGAGCCGUGCGGUUCAGUUCACAGAGGAGAAACUGGGACAGGCUGAGAAGACAGAACUGGAUGCUCAUUUGGAGAACCUCCUGGUCAGAGCAGAGAACACAAAGCAAUGGACGGAGAGGAUCAUGAAGCAGACAGAAGUUUUACUACAACCAAAUCCAAACGUCCGGUUAGAAGAGUUUGUGUAUGAGAAGCUGGAGAAAAAAGCCCCCACGCGGAUGAACAACCACGAGCUGCUGGGACAGUCCAUGAUCGAAUCAGGGAAUGAAUUUGGACCUGGAACUGCGUACGGAAACGCUCUGAUCAAAUGUGGAGAGACACAGAAGCAGAUUGGGGGGGCGGAGCGAGAGUUGAUCCAAUGUGCUGCCAUCAACUUCCUGACACCUUUCAGGAACUUUCUGGAGGGAGACUUCAAAACCAUCCUGAAAGAACGGAAGCUGCUGCAGGUCAAACGUCUGGAUCUGGACGCAGCCAAAACUCGACUAAAGAAAGCGCGCAUGUCUGAUGCUAGAGCUGCAGCAGAGCAGGAGUUGAGGAUGACCCAAAGCGAGUUUGACCGUCAGGCAGAGAUCACCAGACUGCUGCUGGAGGGCGUCAGCAGCACACACGCUCACCAUCUCCGCUGUCUGAACGACUUUGUGGAGGGUCAGACGACGUACUACGCCCAGUGUUACCAGUACAUGGUGGACCUGCAGAAACAGCUGGGCAGUUUCCCCUCCUCGUUCUCCAACAACAACCAGUCGUCUGUGUCGGGGGGAGCCAGCAUCUCUGUCCCCACCAUCCCAGUGUCGGCAUCUCUGCCCAGCGUCUCUGCAGGUCGAGGCGGCUCCUCCUCGGGGACAUCCGGAGGAUUCACUGAGCUGAGGAGCUCUAACGGCAGCCGCAAAGCACGAGUGCUUUACGACUAUGACGCCGCGAGCAGCAGCGAGCUCUCUCUGCUGGCUGAUGAGGUGAUCACAGUGAGCAGCGUCCCUGGCAUGGACUCCGAUUGGCUGAUGGGAGAGAGAGGAACCCAGAAAGGAAAGGUGCCCAUCACUUACCUGGAGCUGCUAAACUGAGACACACACCCCCCAACCCCAACAUCCCCACCCACCACCAUCCUUACCCCCUCUCCGCCCCCCUUCUAUCCGUCCCCCCCGCUCUCUCUGUCCCCGCUAUGAUCUCAUAUUUAUAUAUUGUUGCAGGGACAGGCCUCAGUUUGACUGGGCUGAGCGAUCAUUACUACUCCUCCUCCUCCUCCUCCUCCUCCUCCUCCUCCUCCUCCACCUCCUCCUCUGAUGUGUAUCUGCAGUACAUUUCUAAAACCUGCUUAAUGCCUUUGUGUUGGAUGCCAUGUAACCUGCCUUAUGUGCCACAACAUCUCCCAAACAGUAACUUUUAUAAAAUAUUACUUUGUUUACAUUUCUGUCGGACGGUGAACGGUGAGGGUUUGUGCCGCCAUCUUUAACGAUGAUUGAGCUCGACGUGUUUUUAGAACGGAGAGGCUCCUCAGCCUGAAGUGAGACUGAUGCUGAAUAUUUUAUUUUAUAACUGAUGAUUUUAUGGUGCAGCAGCUGUUAUCCUCAGUAUGACUCUUUUAUAACAGUAUCAUUUGUAUUAUUGUCUCAGCUUUAUCAAACCUUACUGGACACAGCUCCAGUAUGUUUUAUUAAUGAAUUACUAAAGUCAGACAUCUUGAAGAGCCUCUGAAAUCCAAACCAGCAGUAUUGGCUCAGUCUGCUCAGUCUCUCUCUUUUGGUUUUGAGCCCUUAUAUUUUUAUUUAAUGUAUGAACACCUUCAUAGACCAGCAGACAUCAUCAAUCAGAAGGUUUUGAUCUCUGGUAAAAUUAUUAAUUUGUACAUUUUCAUAAAUUCAUCAUCUGUGAUGUGAACAGUCUCUGGUUUUAAAGGAGAAAAAAGCCUUAAAAUACAAAUAAUGACUUAUUUAGUCAUUUUUAAAGAUUCCCCUUGAGUCUAGAUUUCAACUCAACAUUUGAAAAAAAAAAAGUUUUGUUACAUUCUGGGAGAUGAAAUGUAUUAUUUCAUGGCUGCUUUUUGUUUUGUGUGUAACUGAUAGCAAACUGUUGUAAAAUAAAUAUACAGUAUGAUGCAUUAAAGUAAGAAAACAUCACCUGUCCUGA